AUGCCCCUUGGCCGACCGGAAGAAGCAAAAGCCAAGGGCGUUGAAUGGAGUCCGGCAGCUUUGAACUGUGUCCUGAUCUUUGGUCCUCCCAUCCACCCUCUUACUUCGCUCAACAACGGAGGCAUGUCAAUCGAACCUCUUUGGAAACUUGUAGGCGGUCCAGACACGCCGGAAUCCGUCUCCCCGUACUAUGUCGAUGUUCGGGAUGCUGCUGAAGCCCGUUACCGGGCUGCAAUCAAACAUGCACAGGGCCGCUACAUCAUUUCUGCUGGUCAGCUCACGGACAAGCUCCCCAGCUUGUACCCCUCCCCAGCUGGGCGUUUCGCCAGGGGCGUCCCUGGAAAGUACAUGUACUCGAGUACAAAGAUCCUGGAAUAUACGACCUUCGUUUUCAAUGAGAAGAGUAAGGAAAAGCUUGAUGUUGAAUACCGACCGAAGGAUGAGACAGUGAAGGACGCGCUUGACAGGUUCUUCGAGCUCGAGCAGCAGGGGUUGAGAUAG